UCAGCUGUGUGCCUCGCGAAGUGCGGAUCGGAGAAGCCAGAAAGUCGCAGAACGCUGAAAAACCCUCGCCAGCGUCACGCAACGUGCAUGCCACAGCUACAGCAACAGCAACAACAACAUCUAAUACUACAACGACAACAAGUACAACGUAAAUGCAAAAAUGUAAAACCAUAAAUAGAGAAUCCCCACAACAAUAACAACUACUACUAACCUACUACUACUAACGACAACUACAAAGGCAGUGGCAGAAAUCAUAGCACACCGUCAGGCGCACGUUAACUUAACAUGGUUUGCAUACUGCACGGAUAUUACGAUGCACAGCCUAAAAUGCGUUUUAGCCUCUCACCACCGCCACAGAAAGCCAUUAGCAUAACCUCGCCCACCAGCAGCACCACCAACCGCAGCACCAUCCUCGGCGGCAGCACCUCCUUCCCCGGUAGCAAGCAUAAGAGCACCAGCAUGCUGACCCGCAACGGCGGAGGAUCCGGGAGCACUCCCACUGCCCCCUCCGCGGCAGGCACCGGCAAAGCCCCCGAUGAUGACGCCGCCUCGGACUAUAACCAGUGGCUCCAUGCCAUGAAGCUGGUGGCUCGGCUGCCCGGAGGAACACCCCCGGAAUUUCGACGCAAGUUGUGGCUGUCUUUGGCGGACAAGUACCUUAAGUCUAAAAACGUGGACUGGGCACAGCAGCGGGAUAAGUGCUUUUGCGAGGAAUGGCGCGAGGACGACGAGGAGUUGGGCAUCCAAAUCGUCAAGGACCUUCAUCGCACGGGGUCAAAUCUGUGCACCGGUCCCGCGGGCUCCAUCAACCAGGCCAAGCUUAAACGCAUCCUCCUCGGCUAUGCACGCUACAACCCCGAGGUUGGCUACUGCCAGGGCUUCAACAUGCUGGGUGCCCUCAUUCUCCAAGUUAUGGACAAGGAAGAGGAGGAGUCCAUGAAGGUCAUGAUCUACCUGGUGGAGGGUGUUCUGCCCACGGGCUACUUCUACGGCUCAAUGGGCGGCCUUCAGGCGGAUAUGGGCGUGUUCCGUGAGCUGAUGCAAACCAGAUUGCCCCGCUUGGCCAAGCACCUUCAAAGGCUGCAGGGUCCCGUGGAGAAUGCCUUCGAGCCGCCGCUGACGAACGUUUUCACCAUGCAGUGGUUUCUCACCAUGUUCUGCACCUGCCUGCCCAUGUCCUGCGUCCUGCGCGUCUGGGACCUGGUGCUCAUCGAGGGCAGCGACGUACUUCUGCGCACCGCCCUCGUCCUCUGGAGUUUGCUCGAAGAGCGUGUUCUCAGUGUCCGCUCGGCUGAUGAGUUCUAUGGAAAGAUGGGCUCCUACUCGAGCGAACUUCUCAACGGUCACCUGGUAGACUCCAAUGGCCUCAUAGAGCGAGUGGUUAAGCUAGGACCCAUUGAAGAUCUUCGGAAGCUGAGGGAUAAGCAUCUCUACAACAUAGCCCCACUGCGCCAUAAACAGGGAUUGCAGUUGUACUACGACGAGGAGGACACUCACUCGGACGAGGAGCGCAUGGCGGUGGCUACAGUUUGGGGCUUGAACUGGGGCAGACGAGGAUCGGUGGGACCCGCGGCGCCGGCAUCGACUGUGGCGGGCAAACAGCAAGCGGAGCAAAAGGACCGACUGGCCUUGGACAUUUCUCUGCUGAAGAAGCAGUACGACCGGCUGAGGGAGCGCCAGAAGCAGGCUCACGUCAUCCUGACUGCGGCGUGUUCCACAGCGGCGCGGCAAGGAUCAGGGCCAACUCCGACCACCGCCCCAUCCGCGACAGUGCCUGUGAAUCAACUGCUCCUCGGUCGCCCAGCCAUUGUUACCAACAAAGGCAAACGGGUGAGUGCCCCCCUGGGCGCCAUUCCUCCUGCACGGAAGCCUUCUCUACCAGCUGUGCUCCACCAAACAAAGCCGGCGGAGAAGCAGCUGCGUCGCGGGGAGACCCUGCUCUGGAGGGACACGGACACCAGCAGGAGAAGGCGCGACAGUCUCACCUGGAAGGAGAUCAAGGCGGACCGGGCGGCUAUGAUGCGCGAGGGCGUUGACGUGACCUCCAUGAAAACCCAGAAACUCCGCACUAGGUUUGGGAAGAGCGACAGCUCCUCCUACAGCGAGGACAGUGAUGGUGAGCAGGAGCCGGCUAGAAACGGGGGAGCAGCGGCAGGAGGUGGAUCCAGCACGGAUACAAGUCUUUGCGACGACGAUGACCCCAAGUCUAUUGAGAAAAGUCCCAAGCACAAGGCUAAGCUGGCGCGGAAGGUUCUUAAAGAGCAAUCCAGGGAGUCUAGUCUGGAACGUCAGAGACCCAAAUCUUGGGCGCCCAGCAGCCACGAGAUUCCUUUCAUGCUAAUGGGUGCGGAUAGUGGGGAUGAAAAGGAGAGGGACGUGGGGCAAGACGCGGGAGACAUGGGAGAAGACAGUGCCACUGAAAGUGGUCGCUUUGCCUUCGACAGGGAUCUUGAUUCAGUCAGCUAUAAGUUGGAACCAUUGAAACCCUACCCCGAAGAUAGCGAAGUACCCGGUAUGACCUCCAUUAGUCCUUUGCCGCUGACCCCCAUAGAAAAGGAAAAAGCAGCAGAAACCCUCCUCGAUGACGGAGUAACUAAUCAGUAUUUCGAGAGGGUCAAUAGUGUGGAGCGUCCCAGUCGCCUGGAGCUAUCCUAUUCGCUCAACGACGAGGAAACGGACACCAGCUCGGUCUUCUUGGAGCAAAGGGCGAAUGUGGAGGGCCAGAGUGGGGAUAGUUUGGACUACAAGCCGGUGCCGCCACAUCCUCUGACAGAUGACGGUAAAGUGCCUCAAAUUCGAGACGACAACAUUCCCGGUGAGAACAAGGACGACUACAAGGAGCUUCUCAGCAUGACGAUAGGGGAGAAGGUUGAAGAGUAUACUCCUCCGCCCCCUAGUGUGAGUAGCUUGAGCAGCGCCCAACGGAAAAGAAGAGAUCCUCGCCGAAGGACAUUGACUCGAUCGUCCACCAUUGAAAUCGAGGAGCGCUACCAAGCGUUGGAGCGGAGAAUCAGCCAGGAGCAGGCCAUCGGGGAUAGUCGGGCGCCAUCCAAGUACAUUCCCACCACAGCUACUCUGGAGGAACGCUUCCAUACCCUGGAGAAACAGCUGAGUGCCGAGAAGCAACGCAGCAAGGAUCUUUCAGAUAUGGAGGCAGACUUUCAGGAUAAGUCCGAACGCAUUCCCUCUACCGCAGAUCUCGAAACCCGAUUCAAUGCCUUAACCAAGCAACUCAGCUCCAGUGAGUCCUCUUCAAAAGCCCCAAUUGAUCUCAAAGACGAAGAUGAACCGUCCCGGGGCAGUGGCUCGAAAGAGCAAGAGGAUAGCGAGAAGACCAGCAAAUUGCACAAGUCAGAAGAAACUGAAGCAGAGAGCAGGGAAUCUACAGCCAAAAACGAAUCCAGUGAAGGCGAGAAAAAGAAAAAGGAGGAGGACACAGAGGAGAAGCCUCGUCUUAAGAAGCUUCCAUCCACUGCCGAGUUGGAGGAUCGAUUCAACGCCCUCGAGCGAAAGAUGAGUGUUCAAAAGAGUAGUCCGGCCAAGACUAAAAAGGAGCCACCUGAUGAGAACGAAGGUUCUAAGGACACCAGUGCCUCAAAAGAGCCGGAUGAAACUGAAGAGCGUGCUAAAAAAGAAUCUGAGGCAAAAGAAUCCAAUGCAACUCCCAAAACCGAUUCCAAAGAGGAAAAUCUACCUCCGAAACAAAGGAAAGCAAGCGACAGUGAACCAAAGAGAUCAUCUCCUAAAACUCCCCAGAAAGACAGUCCCACAAAGAAACCCGGUCCUUAUCAAUCAGAAAAAAAGGAAAAUUCAAAACCGGAAAAGGCUAACUCUGAGGAUACCUCUUCAGCCCCAGAAGGGCAGAAAACUGAUGUCACCAAGGAGGUACGCCAUAAAAAGGACUCUGAUGAAACAAAACCAGAAAAGAAAUCCGAGAAAGAACCUACAGAAAAGUCACAGUCGUCUGAAAAGGCAGUACAAACUUCAAAAAAGUCUCCGCCAUCCACAGAGGAACUUGAGAAGCGCUUCAAUGCUUUGGAGAAACAGUUGAGCUCCACCCACCUGGAGACAAACAAAGAGCCGGAGCAAACAAAGUCAACUGGGAAACAUAAACCCUCUAAGGAAAUAGAAAGCUCCCAAACGGCUACCGACGAGAAGCCCAAGUCCAUCAAGUCCUUUGAAGACAAAAUCAACGAAGUCAAUUCAGCUUUGGUGAAAGGACCAACCAAAAGUGAGGUAAAAGAUCAGGCUCAUGAGGAGGUGGACACCGCCGAUUUGAGAAACGCCCAAGAAACCUCCGAAAAAGAAAAGAACGUCCAACAGGACCUGGGAAAGCGAAGGGCUUCCGAGCCACCUUCCACAGAGGACCUAGAGAAACGUUACGAGAGCCUGAAACGCCGUAUGAGCAGCAAAAACCAUUUUGGAGCCCCUACCGAAUCUGUGAUAGAAGCUCUGGAGAGGAUUGAGCAGGAGGUGAUCUCCGAGUCUGGCGAGGAGUCGAAAAAGGCACCACCGUCCACAGAAGAUCUGGAAAGUCGCUUUGAAGCCUUGCAAGGCGGCGGAAAGUCAAAGGACGUGGCCAUAGAGGCUCAUAUUCCAGAGCCCCCUCCGCCUCCACCUCCUCCUCCCGCGUUGUCCGAGCCCGUUCUCCACCACCAACAGGCUCUGAUAGCCGAGCUGCAGAGAAAGAUGGGAGGCAAGUCUCCGGGCGAGGAGAACCUCCGGCCAAGUCAGAUUAAUCCGCAGAAGAAACAGAGGAAGCUACUGCAACGACCCCCGCCCAUGGGCGAUGAGACCUCGGAAGCACCUGCAAACACGGCUUACUACCUGCCCUGUCAGCAGCAGCGCAUGGUGCGCCGGUUCUCCGACCUGCCCUCCAGGGCCGAUCUGGAGAACCGGCUGCAGUUCCUAGAGAGGCAGCUGUACAAGAAGUUCUACAAGCAGCGCUGUGCAAGUGAUUCCGAAGUUGCAUCGAGAGUCAGGACGCCCUCCGACGACGACAAGCCGAGCACCUCCCGUCAGGCCAAGGAUCAGCUGGAGGAGCGGGUCCUAGCACUGGAGAAGCAGCUGAGCGAAAACAGCUUGAAGCUCCUGGAGGCUAUGCGGGAACGGGAGAAGGCAGGAGCCGCGCCCAAGAGCGAUGAUAGCGGUUCCCCACGCAGGCUGAGUACCGAAACCAUCGAUGCCACUGGCAAGGAGCUGGUACGGUACACACAGAACAUCGGGGACCUGGAGGAGGUGGAUGCCCACAAGCCAAUCAAUAUAAGCAUCAACAUCAAGAUGCUCCUGAACAAGGAUGGGGAAUCCAAACAGCCCAAGAGCGAGCCCAAGCCCACAGAAGAUUUGAGGAAACGCUUGGAAGUCCUAGAGCAGCAGCUUCUGGAAGAGCGGGCCAAGAAUGGCGCUGUGGUCUCAGAACCUGAGCGGCCUCCACAGGAUAAGCCAGAGAAGCCGGAGGACACCGAUGCCCUGAAGAAGGUUGAAAAGAAUUCUCACAAUCAGCACGUAAAAAGCGACGAAAUCGAAAAGGUGGUCGAACCUGUCAAGGACACAAACUUAGAGCCCGCGGCUGCUAAGGAGACCAAGACCCUGAAGAACGAAGAAAGGGCUCAGGCCAGAGAAAAGGAAGUCGCUAUAGAAAAAGAACCAGCCAAGUCAGAAAAAGAGGCUCCAGGCAAAGUUGAUGCUGGUCAAAAAGAACCAAAAGAACUUUCGGAAAAACCUGUUGAAAAAUCAGAGGAAGCCACCAAAAAAGACUCAUUGAAAGUGGAAUCUGAAAAACCCGUUCAGAAAUCAGAAGUGAAUAAAGAGCCUUUAGUUCCGAAAACUGAAACUGCCAAAGAACCCUCCAUUGACAGCAAAGUUCCAUCAGAAAACAAAAAAUCCUUACCCGAGGAGGUAAAAUCAAAAGCGAAAGAAACGAAAGUUGCGGAAAGUUCGCCCUCGAGAUCCGAAAAACAGAAAACUGAGGAAGCUCCGAAAGAAACCAAAUCUCAAAGGUCACCCUCGAGAUCUGAAAAGCCGAAAACUGAGGAGACUCCGAAAGAAAAGAAGCUCGAAAGUUCUAAAGAAGAUACUCCUGCUUCCGCUUCCGCUGAUAAAGAGGAUAGUUCCAAGGUAGAAAAGGGAAAUUCUUCCAAAGAGAAGGAAGCAAAAUGUGAAACAAUCAAAACUAAGGAAAGCGAAGCGAACAAAGAUUGCUGUGACUUGGGUUCCAUAGAUCCCAACAACAAGACCGUAGUACUCCUCAUGGACAACGAACCGAGAGCGUCGAGAGUUCGACGACUCACCAGAGCCAACACUGAGGAACUGGAGGGCCUGUUCCAAGCACUGGAAAAGCAGCUGCAGAACAGGAACUUGAUUAAAUCCGAAGACGGUCGAUUGAUAAGGGCGGAAGCUAAGCCCAGUGCUGAGCAAGCCGAACAGGCCGAUCAGGCCCAGGCCAUCACCGAUCUUACCAAGGAAAUUGAGGACUUUACCAGCGGAAAGCCGGAGGAGAAGGAAAAGCCCCAAGCCUCUAAGGACGACAAAAGUGAAGAGCCCAAAGAGCCUGGAGAAGACUAUGAUUGGGGACCGAAUCCCGUGAAGCAUCACCUGAAAAGGAAAACAGCAUACUUGCCCUCCACAAAGGAACUGGAGGCUCGCUUCCGAUCCCUGGAACGUCAGAUAAAGUUGCUCGAAGAUGUGGAGAAGAUCGAUGUGGAGCAGCGGUUGAACGAGAUUGAGCGAAAGAUCAAGCUGCAGUACUCUCUUUCCCACGAAAAGGACCUGAACAAGUACCUAGAGCUCUGCGAAGGAAAGGGCUUGGACGACGAAGAACCCCCAGUGACAGAGGAAGUUUCUGUCGAACCGGAGGAGACACGGAAUCCCAGGGAUCGCUCACGUAGUCCUGCCCGGAAGGUAGCAAGUAAAUCUCCCUACACCUCUCCCUCGCGGAGCAAGUCCGCAAAGUCGCCUUAUACUUCGCCGUCUCGACAACGUAAGAAGACUCCGCACUCCUCGCCGACCCGGACGUCAGAACCAAAGACUCCCGCAAAGAGUCCUUAUACGUCCCCGGCACGACGCCAGCCCCAUCCCAAUGAUCUGCCCAUCUCCGACGACCUGGAGUACAAGUACAGGGUGCUUGACCUGGUGCGAUCCAAGUCGAAGGAGAACCUGGCCAAGCGCAUGAACGAUCCCAACCGAAAGCCUGCCGUUCAUCCACUUGAAUUGCUGCUGUCGCCCAGUCCAGACGAGAGCAAGAUUCCCACAACGGGCGAGCUCGAGCACAGAAUAAGAGUCCUGGACGACAAACUGAAGUCGCCAUCUAGAUCCCGGCCGAAGUCCCGAUCCAGGUCUCCCACCAUCGAGGACAUGAAAAGGCAAAAGUUGCGUGAUAAUCAGAAGCCCAGGACACCUGUUCACAACCUGGAGCGGCUGGUCGGAUCGCCCGGUCGGCCGGAACCGCCCACUGCCGAGGAGCUCGAGGAGCGCAUCCGCCUGCUGGAACAGGACCACAAGUUCGACUUUAAGACCCAAAAGGACUACAAAGCAUUCAAUCAAAAGCUGAAGGACGUGAUCUCUCCCUCGCUCUCAUACGAAGAGUUCAGGGCGGCCAAGUCCCGGGAGCAGAGUCCCCGCCGCCAGGGCGCCACCACACCCAAGUCCGCCCUACGCCGAGACGAUUUGGAUGACGGUGUCACCACCCACUAUCACCGCCCCACCAGCCCAAAGGUCAUCCGCUUUCGCGACGAGGACGAAGACGAGGACCGCUUCGAGGAGUCUCCGCCCCGGAGGCAGCGCACAUCCAGCGAUCGAAUGACUCUUGCAGAUCAGCCGUCGGCCACUCGCAGCUAUGCCAACAGCUCGGAGGGUUUGGAUGCCCUGGGGAGUCGCCUCAUGAGGGAGACCUCUCCCAUAACCCGAACUGGAACCCACACAGGCGUGCCACUGCGAACCGGAGAGAACAUCAACGACCGCCUGAGCUCCAUUAAGAACACCAUUAAGUCCAUCGACACGCUGUGCGAGGAGAAGCCCUACCAGAAGGAGAAGUGCCAGCGGUACAUCGACUCCCUCUUCUCGGACUCGCUGCACUUUUCCAGCAAGAAGAGCUCCCUCGAGGACCUGAGGAGCCACAGUAGGAGCGAGAGCAGGGGCAGAAGCCGUGACUACGCGCCCUCUAUUCGAGUCACCUCCGAGCACCGGUCUCUGGGAUCGGAGGACUCGCGACAGAGUCCGCUGCGGGCACGGGAUCAGAGCCCACUGCACCAUCGAUCGCACAGGGAGCUCAGCAGGGAGGUGUCGCCGAGAAGGAGGCGCCAAGAGGAAGAAGAGGAGGAGGCGCAGCGUAGGGAGCGGGAGAGCAGUAGGGUAAGACGUGAUAACUUGUUGCCAAAUUAUUUAACGGAUAAUCGUAGCGAACUAAGUGGAGGGAGUAGUUUAACCGGGUUUAACCACCACAAAGUAGAUAGACAACUAGAAGAGACCUGCGCCAAGUACGCGGAGGACGCCCGACGCUCGGCCUGUCGAACACCGCUCAGCCACCCCUACGAGACACGAUCCACCGCAGUUAGAGCCACACCACGUCACUACACAGAUCCUGAUCCGGCAGGGACAACAGGGACGGGAUUAGGAGUGGGAGCAGGAGCAGGAGCCUCGACAGAUAGCUUUCCCCGGCCCGUAUCGCCCUACCGCCAGCCUUACGACCCUUACCGACCCAUUGGUGGUGCAGGCGCCAGUUCCACACCUGUCUAUCAGCCCGCCAAGCUGGAUAUCCGCCACACCACCGUGACCUCCACCUUCUAUGACCGGUUCCUCACGGAAAAGAAGAUUGAGCGCUCCCGUCCGCCCAGCCGCUCGCCCGUAGUUUCCCCCUCGGUGCCGGCCAAGAGCUACGGCUCAGAGAUGGAGUUCCCCAGGAGUAGCACCACCACUUCAGUACCAUCCUGCACCACCACAACAACUGCCUUUAGCACCGCCUCAUUUAUGUCCCGCAGCUAUGGGGGCACCUCCUUUUCGCUGCCCUCCAGCAGCAACUACUCCUACUUGAGUGGAAGUUCUGGCAUCUCGGGCUCCGCCACUUCUCCCCGGGCCAGUUGCUCGGACCUUCGAUCCUCUCCAGCCACAUCCUGUCUCAGCACCACCACAUCCUCUGCCACCCCCGCCUCAUCCUAUGUGCCCUACUGCUUCAGCAGCUCGUUCUCCACUCGGCUGAGCGAUCCCAUUACCAGCACCCCAGUGACCACGUCCAGCUCCCUGACCCAUUCCACGGGCGUCUACAAUCCCAUGAUGUCCUUCACCCUGAGGGAGCCGCUUGGCAGCAGCCCUGCUCUAGGUGGGUCGAGUGCCUCUCCCCUGGGCCAGUAUCAGUUCAAGAGCGUGUUCACCUCAAACUUCGGCAAAGACCCGGAAAAGCCAUAGGGAAUCACACACAUCAGUCGUUAACCAAGGUUGUCCAUAAGAUAGCAUUAACCUCUCGGAAGAUCUUUUAAAAUAAUCCCUAUUGAAGCUCAAAUGGAUCACGCUGGACGGAAAAUCAUCUAAAAUCAGGAAUGAGAAUCGGAAAAUUCGGAGAGCAGAGGCCUUAAAUACUUAGUUUUUUGAACAGUGUUCUUGGCGUUAGAUAAUCUUCUUUCCCAGCGAAUGUGCCAGCUCUUGCUAAGCAAUAUAUAUACAGUUAAUAUUACCUACGUUUAUCAACAGUUUUAGGGCACGCUCCCUAUAAUACUAUAUAGUAAUGUAUCUCUAUAAUAUAAAGAACCUUGCGAAUCGGAAACUUACUUUCAAGCUACUCUUGCACCAAACCAUUUGGCUUCUUGCAACUUACCUCAUCUACAUCCGACAGCACCAGCGCGUCACUGAUCACUCACUCUGAUCUGAAAAGAUUUUUAUACAAUCUAUAUACAUAUUAAUAUAUAUAAUAUAUCUACAACUACAAUUAUGGCUAGCGAAAACUGUAACCAGAUGCAAGGCGGUCGAAGUGUUAUUCCAACUUUUUUCAGCGUUAACUUA